UCCCAUAGGCUUUGUGUCGUUAAUUGUUAUUGUUUGUGUUCACUGUACCAGUUUUCCAUGGUUCAUUACAUAAAAGCUUUCUCACCUCAAAGUUUGGUUGAUUUUUAAAGGGUUCUCUUUCAUAAAAUAAAUUGCUUCCAAUUUUUUUUUUCUAACAUCAUUCUGUCACACAUCCCCCCCAGAAUGAAAGUGAAACCAAAACAUUUACACUGCAGAUAUUGCAGAGGCCAUUUUAACGCUGUGCUGGCUGGUUCUGAGAAGGAGUGAGAGCAAACACUGAGCUGCUUGGGCUGGAAGGCACCUCUUGGCUGAAAUUAAAAAGGGACCCUAACUGGAAACAUGCUGUUUUCUUUUCUAAUAUCGGUCUUGCUGGUCGGUGCAGCAUUAUUACUUUGGAUUGGACAGCGUCUACUACCAUUGUUAUUAUUGACCCUUCUGGUCGGCGCAGCCUUAUACGGUCUAACUGGAAAGAUUCUACUGGGAUUGUUAAUAGUGACCCUUUUGGCCGGCUCAGAAUUAUAUCGUCAGCGUGACACUUUAAUAAAAGCAAUAACCACUCAGGUCGAAAAACUGGGUUGUAUGGGACCCGUUAUCCAGAAUGUUCGAAACCUGGGGUCUUCCAAAGAGUUUUCAGCAGGCGGAAGUGGGAAGAUUCUUAUACCACUGUUAGCAGCUCUGCUCGGUGCAGGAUUAUUUGCUCUAACUGGAAGCCUUCUGACAUCAUUGUUAUCAUCAGGAUUUCUCCUCGGUGCAGGAUUGUCUAAUCUAUGGGACAAAAUGAAAAACAUAUGGUCAAAUUGUAAGAGUCAAUUUAGCAAAAUGAUGUCUGAUGUUUGGGAUAAAAUUAACAACAAAUUCUCAAAGCAAAUCCAAAAGGUGGACAAAGCAUUAUCAGGUCCAGUAGGAAAAGCUUUAGAAAUGUACACAAUUCCCUUUCUGAUCUUCGUAGAAUUAGGCAUAAUUGUUUAUAUGAUAAUAUUGCUGGCCAUCUCAUUAUUGUUAGCUCUUAUUGGAGAUCUUCUUUUAGCUUUGUUACUGUUGGUUCUUCUGAUCAUCACGGCAUUAUGUGGUGUAAGUAGAAAUCUUCUCAUAGGGUUGAUAAUUGUGGCCCUUCUGGGCUGUGCAAAAUUAUAUGGAAACCGUGAACAUUUGACUAAACAGCUUGAAAAACAUACCAUGUUUGAAAAAUGUAAAAUGGCUUAUGAAUAUAUCAAACAAUUAAGUAACGUAGUGCCUCACAGGCGUGUGAUAAUAUUGUUGAUAUCGGCUGCUCUAAUUGUUGUAGAAUUAUUCAAUCUAAUGUCAAGGCUGUUAACUCUAUCUUAAACAUUGGCCCUUCUUGGCGGCACAGCAUUAUGAGAUGUGCUGCUUCUAUCCUGAUGGAAUACAAGGAUCAUACAAAAAAUACCGUAUAUGUAGUUGAUUUUCAUUCAGAACAUUAUUGAGGGAAUGCGUAAUUUGUGUAAUUUUAUCACUUUUUAUAUUUUAUAACAACAAUAAUACUAUAGAAAUGAAUAGGGGCAAACACAAGGCUGCAUGCAAAGGGCCAGAUUCAGUUCAGUGAGAAAAACUUUCACGUGAAAUUCAAUGAGAUUCAAUUUGUGUAGAAAAAAAAUGUUUCUCCUAAUUCAGUUCCAAUUCUUUCCCCAUUGAUUUUAAUACAGUCUUUCGCCAGAUUCAAUUCAUUGAGAAAAAGUUAUCUCAUCAUGGUUUAUCACAGGAAAAUGCACGGCCAAGAUUCAAUUAGAGAGGAAAAACUUCAGUUCCAGUUUUAUUCCGAUAGACUUCAGUAGAGUUUUUACGUGGUAAAAAGUGAGAUACGUUUUUCAGAUUCAAUUCAUUGAGGUUUACGUGAAAAUUCAUGGCGGACAUUCAAUUUGAGCUGCAAUUUAAUUCGGAGAAACUUAUCUCAAAGUUUAUCACAUGAAAGGCCAGAUUCUUUUCAGUGAGAAAAACUUUCACGUUUUAUACUCAUGGAUGAGAUUCAAUUCGUGUAGAAAAAAAAUGUUUCUCCCAAUUCAGUUCCAAUUUUCCCCCCAAAAAUUUUAAUACAGUUUUUGGUCAGAUGCAAUUAAUUGAGAAAAAGUUAUCUCAUGGUUUAUCACGUGAAAACUCAUGAAUGAGAUUCAGUUGGAGGAGAAAAAUUUUCUCCUUAUUCAGUUCCAGUUUUUUACCCAUAGACUUCAAUAAAGUUUUCACAUGGUAAAUAGUGAGAAAUGUUUUUCUGAAUAAAUGUGCAUCUAAAAUUGAAGAGAACUUUAUGUUUUUUUAUAUUUUUUCUUCAGUAAAUCUGUCCCCCCCCAUUUACAUAGUGCUACAUUAUCUUUGAUCAUUUUGAGCUUUGCUGAAUAAACUUGCCAAUUAUGAGAUAAA